UAGAGUGUCAGCACUGUACUCCAAUCGCGCGUUGUUGCGCCUGCGUCGCGUCUGUCUGCGUCCGUGUGCUAGCAGCGCGCCCGCUUUCUGCCUUCACGGGACUGCUUCUAGCGCUGCUAGCUGCUAGUGUGUGUGUGUGCCUCAGCUGUCGUGUUUUGCGGAGAAGAUGGUGCCAGGAUUUCGGUGCAUGUAGCGUGUGCGGUCAGUGGGUGCUGCGAUGGAGUGUUUUGUUGUUGUGGCCUUAUGAUCAGCGCAAGCGAUGAACAACCGAACGCAGCCGUACUACAACAACUCUCUGGCCAUUCGGCAGGAGAUCCAACGCUUCGAAAGCGUCCACCCGAGCAUUUAUGCCAUCUACGAUCUUCUCGAAGUCAUUCCGGAUCCGCUGCUGGCUCAACAGAUCCGCGAGCACGUCGUCUGCAUCGAAGGUAAGGCACCACUCCUUUUGGGGAUCCUGGCAUCGACUCGAGGUACCGUGCAUGGGAUUGUGUAAUCCUCGCCGAUUUGUGUACCGAGUGUGGUGAGAGAAAUUGAAAAACCGUUGGAAGGUGAGCGCUGAGUUUGGACGGAAGCGAUGAGUUAUUUUAAAACAUGUACAGUAACGCAGCAGCGUGUUUAAUCCGCCGUGCCACAUGAACACGCGAACCUCUCUGAAGGUUAAUGCUACCACAGUCCCUUAAUACUUAAAAUACUUAAUACUUAAAAGCUAUUAAGGGACUAUGAUGCUACUUACUUUCUGGAAGAGUAGUCUACCAUCUUACUAUGGUUACGUGUCUAAUAACAUGCCGACUCUUCCGAAUUUUACGUCAGCUUUACUACUCUGGGUUCAUUCUACGAUUUUAAGAAUCUUUCGUCGAGCUUUACGGAGAAAUAAGUUCUGCUUGCGAAGAAGUAUUGCCCGUCGGUGGAAGUAUGCUGGUGGUGGAAGGAUAUAUAGGUUUGCAGAAUAAGUGGAUGCUCACACGCGGUCUCUCACCAAUAUCUUUGUACGCUAUGUACUCACUCGCACUCGUAUGUACUCGCGCUCAUAGUCGCUUCCGUCUCACACUACGCCGUACCCGCUGAUUCACGCUGAUUAUUCGCGUCCACUUCAGUUCACCGGCACCCGCAUUCAUACUCACGUCCCCUGACAUUCGCCGACAGUCGCAUAACGUUCACGCGUCCACUCAAGUACUGCCUUUCGAUCGCACUCGCGUUAACCGGCACUCGCUCAUAUAGUCAUGCGUGCACUCGCACCCUUCGUCACUGCUGAGGAAUCUCACGCCUGUAUAACGAGUGGGAAGCGAGUUUGAGUCGGUGUAUACCGGCGAGUGAGCACGUCGAGCUAUGGUGGAAGGACACAAGAACGUACUUGCUUCGUGCAUGUUUAUUCGGAGAAGUUCUCGAAGCAGACGAAACGGGCCACAGCAGAGUAACUGGAAAAAGUUGCUAUGAUCAAAAUACUGUCUGUUGCUUCUCGCUUUGUACAGUUCCAGGUUUGGCUUCUGCCCGUGUAUACGGCGCCUAAAUAAAAUCGCCGUUAAAAUAAGGUGCUGUUGUCGACCUCCCCUCUUUCACGUGUAGUGCCCGCGGGAUUUUUACGAAUUUUGUUGCUUACAGGCCGACAGGUGUGCAAAAUGCAAAUAAAGCGUAACUGUGCCAACUGAGACAUACAAGUACCCGAAUAUCGUGUGUGAGAAAAUGCACAUGGAGGAGUUAUGUAACAUGAUGUGGUCUUGUAAACUUCACAUGUGGCGUUUUACGUACACUUCACAUCUGGAUCUGCUCCUCUUUUUUUUUUUUUUUUCGUUAUGGAAGCAAUGUUGCAGCUUUGCAAUUGGCCCAGCCGGCGACGUGAAACGAACAGCCGUAUCUUCGAAAUCAGCACCGGACCUUGCUGCAUUCAAAGGGAUUCGACGAAUCCUGCCCGUACGCAGUGCGGAAGACGUCCCACUGUACGCACGCGAACUAAAAUGUCAGUGCAUGUGCCAAUGUCCGCACACAGGGAAGCCGCUAUCGAUCAUUCCAACCCGUCGCCCGACAGUGCG